GUGCACCGCAAAGACGAAGGCAACCCGUUGUGCCACUGGCUCUCUUCCGGCUUCUACGUUAGUGACAACUUGGCGAAAAAAUGGGUGAGACAGAGAUGGGGUCGACCGUCGAGUCCACUGUGGAAGCGUCUUCUUACACAAGCGAAAGUACUGUGGGAGCAGAACAGAACGAAUCCAGCAACAGGAAUGUAUAUGUUGCAGUGGCCGUCUGUUUGGCCAUCCUCGUGGUCUUGAUUAUCGCAGUGCUUCUGCUCACAGGCAGCUCGUCUUCUAAGGCGCAACACGCCGCCGGGGAAGGCGGUGAAGACAGUGACGCGACCAAGCAAUCGCACUCGUACGGCGUGAACAAGGGCCCCGCGGGAAAUACGGGGACUAACGGGGCCAAGACGACGAAGGGGAAGACGACGAAAACACUCUCAACGGAAAAAAAGAUGACAACCAAAACGAAGCAAAGUACUAGGAGAGCGACCACAUCGAAGAAGCCAGUGAUGCCGAGGAAGACAAUGCCGACAACGACGACCACCACAGCAACAAAGGCAACGACAACAAAGAAGACGACAACAAGGAAGACGACAACGAAGGCAACGACAACAAAGGCGACGACAACAAGGAAAACGACAACAAGGAAGCCGACAACAAGGAAGCCGACAACAAGGAAGACGACAACAAGGAAGCCGACAACAAGGAAGACGACAACAAAGAGGACGACAACAAAGAGGACGACAACGACAACGACGCAGCGGCCCAUCCCUCCGUACUCGCUGGCGUGCACGUAUGGGCCGGAUAUCAAGGCGAGUUCUCGGUUCCCCGAGGACGGCGUGUGCGACUACACCUUCCUGGAGCAGAUGCGCGCCUCGCGUGCCAAGGACUUUGGCGGGCCGUACCCGUCCGAAGUGCAGCACUUCAUCAACACCGCGGCGCGGCACACGAAGACCGAGUACGGCGUCGCCUUCGAUUACACAACGCGUAGCCGCACGGCUGCGGCAUCGAAGGACUCCUCCGUGAAACGUCAUUUGCACAAGUUGUUUACGAAGAGAAUUUUCCAUUACGGCUACAUCAGCACCGACACCUACUUCUUCAACAAAGAAGUGAUGGUUGAGUCGCUGGAAAUACUAAAGCGGCUCACGAGUUACUUGGAAGACCGGAAGACCCCUGAGCGCCCGAUAUACACCGUAGUGGCGUCGCCAUGGGAUCAGUUCUUUGAUAGAGUCUCGGCUUCGAAAGCGGCAGAGGUGUUCAGGACCGUGCUUAUGCCGGAUCUAUUCAUCUCGAAAGCGCACCUAUACGAUCGGGACAACGAUUUUAAGGACUGCAGAAUUUUGCCACCGAAUCUACUGAGAGUACCACAGGAUCUUAAGACCAAAUACGUCUACUACAUCCACUUGUUCUCUGCAAUCAGGCACGCCGGCGACCUGGACAAGAUGCGGAACAAGGGCGUCAAGACGGCGGCGCUGUCCGUUUCCGUGGGUCUGUACGGCCGCUGGUACUACGUGCACACCGACUCAUGGAAGCGGGUGAAGAACUACGCCCCUGGUGACGGCUGCAACCAGAUAGAAAAUAGGCACCAGCUCGCUGGCAUCGCCAAGGUGUGCAAAGAUAGGAAGUACGGGCAUGUCCAGAAGAACGAACUGUUCAAGUGCAGGUACAACGUUGACGAGAAGAAGUUCAUGACCUUUGUCUACGACGUGCCCGAGACACUACGGUACAAGCUCUGCCUUAGCCGGAAGAACGCAACCACACUAAAGUACGGAUUCACGGCGGUGGGACUUGAGUUUUCGGAUUACGAUGGCUACUGUGGAAUGGGAAAGUUUCCAUUGCUGACUACAGUGAAGAGGACACUCGAGUUCUUCAAGCAAAAGUACGACUCCCCGGACGCCUACCAGGACUGUCUGUCAGCGUAGCGUGCUGCUGUUAUUGGCACCGGAAUACAAGACGUGUUACACGAGUCUGUUACGUUUCUGAU